AUGCCCAGUCCUCAAGGCGACGUUUGGCAAGCGCUUUGUGUGCGCGUUUUACCGUUAUUCAAUGGUGAAGGCGUCAAAGGAUCGAUUGAAGAUCUGAACGAACUGCUAAGGCUUUACGAAAAACUGCUGGAUCGAUUGGUGGAGCAAUGGUCAUUUUUCUUCACAUAUGCAUUGCCCUAUUUUGAAGCAGUGUUUUUGCCGUUGCGAACCGAUGUUCGGUAUCCGUCCAUCGACGAAGCCGAACGGUGGAAUGUUCGAAGCAUGGCCCUUCGAAGCUUCCGUGACAACAUGAUUCUAUUGCAGACGAAACGUUUGGAAGAUGUUUUUGCCAAACUGUUCACCGAUUUCGGAUCUUCACAAAAUCCUGCAGCCACUGCGGCCAAAAUGCUGCAGAUGACGUCCUUGCUGGCUUCUGCCCCGGAUCAUAACGAAGAAAUAGAACGUGUCCUCUCCAAUCUGCGAGCCAACUGGAAGAUCAUGAUGACCAAGGGAGACCGACGUGGAUUUGCAGGUGUACGCAAAACUCGCAGUGGUUCUACAGCAGAGCAUACAAAACAUAUGUUUGGCGCCCUGUCAUGACAAUGGCGACUCCCGAAUCUGGAGCGCUGUGAAUGUGGCUGAUUAUAUGUUACUGUAGGCUACUGUAAGAGGGGUGGACCUAGGAACGUCAUGACACCUGAUCGUAUAAUAUACUUUGGGCAGUUUUUGCUUUUUUGGUUUUAUUGGCAAUAUCCGUAUUUGAUUGGCUCUUUCACAUGGUACGAUGGAUGAGGUAAAGAAAAAAAAAACAAGCGGCUCACGCUUUGAGGGAUGGACUGAAUACAGUUUAAUUGACAAAACCCAAUAAAAUAAACUUUGGCUACAAG